AUGUCCUCGACACUGCACGACCGGGGCAUCAUGGUCAAGCGACGCGCAGUGAUGAGCGCUGAUGAUCGUGUAGCGAAGCAAAGACGUCGUCAUGACCCAGAUACGGAACACGUCGAUGCCACGGCCUGGAUACUGCAAUCUGCCAUGUUCGGUGCUGACGAACACAAAGAGCCGACCCAAGUCGAUGAGCUCGACAAAGUCCAGGCUGCUGUGACCACCAUCUCCGACUUCAUGCGCGAUACUAUCCAGUCUACGUUUCCACGCCUCAGGCCUUCAGCUUUCAACAGUAUCUUGGCGCAGUGCACAUCACUCGUGCAGGAGCGCCUGACCAACGAAGCCCCGAACAUCGUGGACGCCAGACCUGCAAAUAUUUUCACCCUGCCGAGGAUUGUGCGGAACCGCAUCUAUGAGUUGGUUCCAGCGGAUGAGAAGGAUCCGUUUGAUGUGCAAGCUCUGGUCAUGCCUCCGUGGGACUCGCAUCAAAAGAGCAGCAGGUGGGGGAGUGACAGCUUGCAUGCUGUGCCUGCUCUCCUGCAAGUGUCACACCAAGUCCGAAGAGAGGCUGCGAAAUUUUUCUCAAAGAUCAUUUUUCAGGCUCUUCCACCUCACUCCCGCAUCCAUACACCUCACGAUAACCUAAUCUUACGCAAAGACCCCUGCUUCUCUCCGCGCAGACUGGCCAGACCUUCAAUCUCAAACUCCACCUUCCACACAUCACGUAGUCUCUGCUCCAUCGCCCCCUCCCCACGAUUAUAA